AUGGCUGCAAAGGGUCUUAAAAAUUUUCAACUAUCAAUAACCAAAGAUUGUGAAGAAGAAGACGAAGACGAAGAAAUCAAUGGUAGAAGAAUGAAUGGAGCAUCUUCACCUCAACCGAUUGAUUUAGAGAAAAUCAAACAGAAUUCCGAUGGGUCAAUAACAGGAAUGUUCACUUCAGGAUUCAACGAAGUGGUUAUAAAUAAUCCGUAUUUCGCAGCUGGGGGUGGAUUAAUGCUUUUAGGAACAGCUUUGGCUUUAGGAAGACAAGGAGUAGUUAAAGGAUCUGGCUUAAUCUAUAGACAAUUGUUGGUUGAUUUGGAAAUCCCAUCCAAGGAUAAGUCUUACCUUUGGUUUUUAGAAUGGAUGUCUCAAUAUAAACAUCGAUCAUCAAGGCAUUUAUCAGUUGAAACCAAUUACAUUCAACAUGACAAUGGAGCAGUUUCAACGAAGUUUUCUUUGGUUCCAGGUCCUGGAAAACAUUUGAUCAGAUAUCAAGGUGCUUUCAUGCUAGUGAAUCGUGAAAGAUCAGGGAGAUUAUUGGAUAUGACUAGUGGAACUCCAUUUGAAACAGUUACCUUAACUACUUUGUAUCGUGAUCGUCAUUUAUUUAAUGAUUUGUUAUCAGAAGCUAAAAAGUUAGCCUUAAAGGCCCGUGAGGGUAAAACGGUUAUUUACACGUCUUGGGGUCCUGAAUGGAGACCAUUUGGUCAACCAAGAAAGAAGAGAGUUAUUGGGUCGGUCAUAUUGGAUAAAGGUAUUUCUGAUACUAUAGUUGAUGAUGUCAAAGACUUUUUAAUUAGUGGUGAUUGGUAUCACAAGAGAGGAAUUCCUUAUAGAAGAGGAUACCUUUUAUAUGGACCUCCUGGAAGUGGUAAAACUUCAUUUAUUCAAGCAUUGGCAGGUGAAUUGGAUUACAAUAUUUGUAUUUUAAAUUUAUCAGAAGCAAACUUAACUGAUGAUAGAUUAAAUCAUUUAAUGAAUCAUAUACCAGAAAGAUCAAUCUUAUUAUUAGAAGAUAUUGAUGCUGCAUUUAAUAAAAGAGAACAAAGUGAAGAUAAGGGAUAUACAUCAGGAGUAACUUUUUCAGGAUUAUUAAAUGCUUUGGAUGGAGUUGCCAGUGCUGAAGAAUGUAUAACAUUCAUGACUACCAAUCAUCCUGAAAAAUUAGACCCAGCGUUAUUAAGACCAGGUAGAGUUGAUUUUAAAGUCUUGAUAGAUAAUGCUACUGAGUAUCAAGUUAGAGAAAUGUUUUUAAGAUUCUACGAAGGUGAAGAAGAGUUAUCCAAUGAAUUUAUGAAACAAUUCAAAAAACUUCAAUUAUCAAAUGUUAGUACUGCUCAAUUACAAGGAUUGUUUGUUUACAAUAAAAGAGAACCACAACAAGCAAUUGAUAUGAUUGCAACUUUAAGAAAUCCCAAUAAUGUAUUCUAA